AGGCGUCUUCAGUAAUUCCAACACUGAAAAUUUGAACACGGAAGUGAGAAACAGGAAGUAAGCCAUGGGGGACAAUAAUAAGAUUGCACCGAUCGAUCAGAAGUCAGUCUCGGUCCUGACUUGACACCGGAGACGAGAGCCUGCACAUGAAGUAUGGCUUUUCCUGAGCCCAGGCCGCAGGCCCCCGAGCUGCCGCAGAAACUGCUGAAGACUCUGGACUGUGGCCAAGGGGCGGUGCGAGCCGUGCGGUUUAAUGGUGGGCGCCCUCCUCUGUAUAUCCCAAGCCCCGCGCCUCCUGAGGCGGGCGGCCCUGUAACCCCUGCCUGCUGUUCCCCAGUGGAUGGCAACUACUGCCUGACGUGCGGCAGCGACAAGACCCUGAAGCUGUGGAACCCGCUACGGGGGACUCUGCUACGGACUUACAGCGGCCACGGUUACGAAGUUCUGGACGCGGCCAGCUCCAUUGAUAACAGCAGUCUCUGCUCUGGCGGCGGGGACAAGACGGUGGUGCUGUGGGAUGUGGCUUCUGGACAGGUCGUGCGCAAAUUUCGGGGCCACGCGGGAAAGGUGAACACCGUGCAGUUUAAUGAAGAGGCCACAGUCAUCCUGUCUGGCUCUAUCGAUUCCAGUAUCCGAUGCUGGGACUGCCGCUCUCGGAAGCCUGAGCCGGUUCAGAAGCUGGAAGAAGCCAGAGAUGGCAUUUCCAGCGUGAAAGUGUCAGACCAUGAGAUCCUGGCAGGCUCCGUGGAUGGCCGUGUGAGGCGCUAUGACCUGAGGAUGGGGCAACUAUUCUCAGACUACAUAGGCAGCCCUAUCACUUGCACCUGCUUCAGCCGGGAUGGACAGUGUACCCUGGUAUCCAGCCUGGACUCCACCUUGCGGCUUCUAGAUAAAGACACAGGAGAACUGCUGGGCGAGUACACGGGCCAUAAGAACCAGCAGUAUAAGCUGGACUGCUGCCUGAACGAGCGCGACACACACGUGAUCAGCUGCUCUGAGAACGGGAAGGUGUUCUUCUGGGACCUGGUAGAGGGUGCCCUGGUGCUGGCUCUGCCAGUGGGGUCUUCUGUGGUACAGUCACUGGCUUACCACCCCACAGAGCCCUGCCUACUGACUGCAAUGGGGGGCAGUAUCCAGUGUUGGCGAGAAGAGAAGGAGGGUGGAGCAGGCUGAGACCUCAGGGUGUGGCACCAGGCCCAAGGACUGAGACCAACUCGGAAGACCUAGUAGAGACUAUUUAUUCUAGAGACACUGCUAAGCAAGGAGUGGGCCCCAGGGGAGGGGCAGGGGGUAUAAACUUAAUACAUAAAGGAGUACAUGAGAACACCA